AUGCCCACGGAGGAGGAACUUCACACUCUGCGUCGUGUCUCGGGAAAGAUACCCUGGCUCGUCCUCACCAUCGCCUUCGUCGAGCUCGUCGAACGCAUGUCCUACUACGGAACCAUCGCCGUAUUCACUAACUUCAUCCAAAAGCCGAACCCGGGCACUGCGACAGGACGCCCGCUCGAUCCCAAUGACAAGGAAGCGCAGCCUGGAGCUCUGGGAAUGGGACAGCAAGCUUCCACCGGUAUUAGCAACUUCAACAAGUUCUGGGUAUACCUAAUGCCGCUUCUGGGGGCCUACAUUGCGGAUACAUAUCUCGGCCGCUUCAAGACGAUCGUAUAUGCGUGUAUCAUUGCGGAGGUGGGCCACAUUAUCCUCACUGUGUCCGCCGUUCCCGGCGUGAUGGCGAGGCCGCAUACGUCGCUUGGUGUCUUCAUCCUCGGACUGAUCUUCAUGGGCGUGGGGACCGGGUUCUUCAAACCAAAUAUAUCGCCGCUUAUUGCGGAGCAGGUUCCCCAGGAGGUUAUGCACGUGAAGACGACGGAAAAGGGAGAGAGGGUUAUUGUGGAUCCAGCCAUUACGACGAGCCGUAUCUACAAUUACUUCUACCUAUUUAUCAACAUUGGAGCAUUGGUUGGCCAGGUGGGGAUGGUUUAUGCAGAGAGAUACGUGGGCUUCUAUCUCUCAUUCCUAAUCCCGACCCUCUUCUUCUUGUUGUGUUUUCCAGUCCUCCUGUUCUGCCGUACGAGAUACAUUCGGCACAAACCCGAAGGAAACGUCCUGCUACCCGCAGUUAAACUACUGUUCCUCGGAUUGAAAGGCCGGUGGCAUCUUAAUCCAGUCCGAAUGUGGAGGCAUUGGCAUGAUGGCACGUUCUGGGAGUGUAUCAAACCCAGUUACUUUGGAUCGACGCGGCCAUCCUGGAUGGACUUCGACGAUGCAUGGGUAGAUGAGGUGGCGCGUGGCUGGUCCGCUUGCUCGGUCUUCUUGUGGUAUCCUCUGUACUGGAUCACUUACAACCAGAUCGAGAACAAUUUGACCAGCCAAGCCUCCACCAUGAAGCUGGGCGGCGUUCCGAAUGACAUUAUCAGCAACCUCAAUCCUUUCGCCAUUAUGAUUCUCAUCCCGCUCAUGGAUACCGUUGUCUAUCCUGCGCUUCGACGAGCUGGGGUCCGCUUCACUCCUAUCAAGAGGAUCACCUUCGGCUUCUUCUUAGGCACUGCGGCCAUGGUAUACGCCUGCGUCCUGCAGUUCUAUAUGUCCGUCACUCUUGGCUCUCCCUGUCUCGACUGCAAAUCCCCCUUGACCAUAUGGCUCCAAACCCCCAUCUACAUCCUCAUCGCAGCCUCCGAGAUCCUCGCGUCCAUCACGUCGCUCGAAUACGCCUUCACCAAGGCCCCCAAGAAUAUGCGCUCCCUCGUCCAAGCGUUCGCGCUCUUCAUGUCUGCGAUUUCGGCCGCGCUGGGGUUUGCCCUCGUGGCGUUGAGCAGGAAUCCAUUGCUCGUCUGGAAUUACGGGACCGCUGCUGUGGCGAGCUUCCUGGGCGGAUGCGCGUUUUGGUGGUGUUGUAGGGGGUUGGACGAAGUGGAGGAUCGGCUGAAUAUGCUGCCGAGGGGAAGGAUGGGGGUGACGGAGGAGAUGGAGAUGGAGGUCAGGGGAAGGAAG